UGGCCUCUUUUCGCCUUUGACUCGCCUCCCUCUCGUACUCCUCGGCUUGGGGUGACGUAGAUGGCGCUCUAUCAAGCACAAUUUCCGCAUCGAGCAGAUAUAUCUGGCGGCUGGACCUCGUUCGAUCCACAUGCAGAUAUGGCCGUCAUGAUAUUCACCGAAUCCGGAAACUAGAAACGCAAGCAGGACACUGUCCUACCCAUCAACCCUCCCGAAGUUCCUCGAGGAUCGAUCCAAUGGAGUGGAAGUGUCCCCUCUGCCCAACACUGGCGUUUCUAUCAUAUGCUUGCGCAAUCUUUCGAACGCGGCCUCCACAGGAGUCUUUCAAGUCCACGGGUGGUAGGACACGGGGACUAACGCUCUAUCUCCGCGGGUACGGGUCCCCUCAAGAAGUGCAGGAUUGUGCAUGCGUACGUGUGCCUGAGUUGUGUCUGCUUGGUUACGUUUUCAAUGACACUGCGGUCGAUUGUCGAGACGACCAGCGGAGUGGAGGCGUAUGCGGAGAAGGUUUUUCUAUCGAGCCCGAGGGUCAGUCGACCCUCGCAAGCGGGAUGCCCAAACUGGAGGCAAGUCAAAGUAGAAAGUGCCCGUCGGGGAUAUAUGCCGGGUCUGGCUGUCAGCAAGAAAAAGACAUUUUUGGCUACAGGUUUGUAUUGACGGACUUGACGGGCAACUCGGGGUGGUUCGUGGUUCCCAUGAAGUCGAGAAAGUCUAACCUGGAGUGACAUGUGGGAUAGCGUGCCUCCUGAAGUCAGGGCGAUACGGUGGUCCCAAUAAAGAAUAUCUCUUUCAGCAGUCACACCGCUUGGCCAAUGGCCAUUAUCAUGCCCCUGCUCGGACCGUGCCGCCGAGCUGCCAAGUCGCCUCCUGUGGCAGGUAGUCAAGUGCUUCAACUUUCAUCUGCCGUUGCAUAUCGUCUAUCCAUAGCGAUGG